AUGCACUUCGCACCUUCAAAGUGCAAAUUGUUGCUGCAGGACCACCAGCCACUUUAUGACUCCUUGACCCUUGCUAACGAGGAACUCGAGGUGGUUGAUCGAUUCACUUAUCUUGGCAUCUGCAUCAGCAAUGAUGGGCGCAUAGAAACUGACGUCAGCUUACGCAUUGCGAAAGCCAGAGCUACCUUCUUGAACCUGCGGCAUCUUUGGCGACAGAAGGGAAUUUCCCUCUGGCCGAGGGGUCGGGAAUCCAACGCCACAGUGAGUGCCGUUCUGCUCUAUGAUAGUGAGAUUUGGUCCCUUCGGUCUGAAGAUCUGAGGCACUUUCAACUCUUUGAUCAUUCUUGUCUGCGAAGCAUUGCUGGAGUAGGAUGGCACCAGCAUGUCCGCAACGAUGAUGUGCGUAGGCGAAUGCUAGUUAGUGAUAAUCAUGCUAGCUCCCUAGAACAACAGAUAGCACUGAAUAAGUUGCGUUGGCUCGGGCACGUGUUACGUAUGCCUGGUUAUCGCUUACCUAGGAGGGCCUUGUUUAGUCUGCCAGGUGUAGGAUGGCGCAAAGCUCGAGGUGGACAGAAGUUGACUUGGCAGUGGGAACUGAAUUCGCUGACGACCAAACUGGGUGCCGCUGGUCCGUCUCGCCUUCCGGGCUGGAGUCCACUUGACUCGCCUUGUGCUUGGCUCGAGACCUUAUGGGACAUGGUUGGCAACCGACACCGGCGGUGCGCCUGCUGCCGUCUCCUAAUCGAAUUGCGU